UGUUUGUUAAGGAUAAAGCUUGAGAUAAUUCAAUAUUUUGUAAUAUUGCAUUAUAUAUUUUAUUUAUCAUCAUGGGUGAUACUGCUAUAAUAAAUUAUUUAAAAGUAAUUUUAGGAAACGAUGUAUCAAACGACAUCGUCAGUUACAUCAAAAGUAUUAAGAGUGAAGACGAUUAUGCAGAGUUUAUGGAAAAUAUAAUAGAUAGAUCAAAUUUAGGACAUAAAAAUUCUUAUGAUGGAAUCAGAAAUAUUAUAUUUCGGAAAAAUGCCGAAAAGGAAAAAAUAGAGACAACAAAUACAAACAAAAAGAGUAAAAAGAAAUUUAAGGACAUAAAUGUGUAUCAAGAAAAAAAGAAAGAAAAGCAAGGUCGUCAAGUCUGUGACUGUUUAGGACAAGAGCAUGAUUUUAUGAAUAAUUGUAUGGUAUGUGGUAGGAUUCAUUGUAUAGAGGAAGGGCCAGGACCAUGCUUGUUUUGUGAAAAUCCGGUAACUGUAAGGGGUGAGGAAGUCUUGAAUGGGAGAAAACAAAAAUCAAUUAUGAAACCAAAAGAAAACAAAGUAUUUGAUGAUGAUAAUGACUACUUCAAAGUAAAUUCCAAAAAGAAGGAUGGAAAAGAUGACAAAAGAAAAAUGAUUGUUGCAUUAGAUUUUGCUUCUAGAAAAGUUAUCGAAGGUACCAAAGAAGAUGAAAAAAUAAGGAAAAGGUUACUCAAAGAAUCUAUAGAGCAUUUAAAGAAGGUUGAGCAAAUGUACAAAGACAUCCAAAAGAAUUCUGAAACAUCAUAUCAAAGAAAUAUAGUAGAGAAUGCAAAUGAAGAUUUAGUUAAUCUAUUGAUCCAGAUGAGACACAAAAAACCACUAGGUAAAGAAAAUCUGGGGGAGGAGGACUCUUCUAUGCCGAUUAUUGACUAUGGAACUAGAAUAUUUGAUGAAGAUACUAUUGUAAAUACUGAUCAUGGUUUAUGCCUUAGUAUGCAUCAACCGUGGGCUAGUUUAUUAGUUGCAGGAGUAAAAAAACACGAAGGACGAACAUGGCCAACCACACAUAGAGGAAGAUUAUGGAUUGCAGCCGCAGCUAAAGUCCCAGAAGAAGAAGAAAUUGAAGCUUUAGAAUCGUUCUAUAGGGACUACUAUCAAGAUCCAACAUUACAAUUUCCAAAGGAUUACCCAACAAGCUGUCUGCUUGGUUGUGUCUUCGUUGAGGAUUGCUUAGAUCAGGAGGCGUACCAAAAAAGAUUUGGAAAUGCGGAUAAAUCGGAAAGCAACAGUCCAUAUGUACUUAUUUGUUCUAAUCCAAUGAUUUUGCCUAUCUUCUAUCCUAUCGUUGGUAAACAUAAAAUAUAUGCAUUGGAUAAGGAUCUUCAUAAAUGUGCAAAGUUAGCUUUACAGCAUGCCAAUUCGGAUAUAUAAGAUGUAUUUAUGUUUGUUUUUAUUAAUAAAUAUUAUUUCACAAGUU